GGGGCGCUCGGGCUCAUGGCGGCGGCGGCCGGGCCCGGGGCGGCGCUGUCCCCGCGGCCGUGCGACAGCGACCCGGCCAGCCCCGGAGCGCAGUCCGCGAAGGAUGACACUGAAGAUAAUUCAAAUGACGGCACGCAGCCAUCCAAGAGGAGGCGGAUGGGCUCAGGAGACAGCUCCAGAAGUUGUGAGACUUCCAGUCAAGAUCUCAGCUUCAGUUACUAUCCAGCAGAAAACCUGAUCGAGUACAAGUGGCCGCCCGACGAAGCCGGCGAGUAUUACAUGCUCCAGGAGCAAGUCAGUGAAUACCUGGGGGUGACGUCCUUUAAGCGCAAGUACCCAGAUUUAGAGAGGCGAGAUUUGUCUCACAAGGAGAAGCUCUACCUGAGGGAGUUGAAUGUCAUCACGGAGACUCAGUGCACGCUAGGUAAUGAGGAUUCUUGCGACCUCGUCAAGCCGAACAUGUGUGAGGGGACACCAGAGCCGCGUUUCCUCCAGAGCAUUGAUCAGUGGUGGAAAUACGGGUUAACAGCAUUGCGUAGUGACGAAGUGAUUGAUUUAAUGAUAAGAGAGUAUCCAGCCAAACAUGCAGAAUACUCGGUGAUUCUACAAGAAAAAGAACGCCAGCGAAUCACCGACCAUUAUAAAGAAUAUUCUCAAAUGCAACAACAGAAUACUCAAAAGGUCGAAGCCAGCAAAGUGCCUGAGUACAUCAAGAAAGCUGCCAAGAAGGCAGCCGAGUUCAACAGCAACUUAAACCGGGAACGCAUGGAGGAGAGAAGAGCUUAUUUUGACUUACAGACACAUGUCAUCCAGGUACCUCAGGGAAAGUACAAGGUGUUACCCACUGAUCGGACGAAGGUCAGCUCUUACCCAGUGGCUCUCAUCCCCGGCCAGUUCCAGGAGUAUUACAAGAGGUACUCCCCGGAUGAACUGCGAUAUUUGCCAUUGAACACAGCCUUGUAUGAGCCCCCCCUGGAUCCUGAGCUCCCUGCCCUGGACAGUGAGGGUGACUCGGAUGAAGCAGAAGAUGGCCAAGGCGAGGAGAAGCGCAAGAGCAAAGGCGCCUCGGACAGCUCCUCUGGCAAUGUAUCUGAAGGAGAAAGCCCUCCUGACGGCCAGGAGGACUCGCUUCCGGGACGACAGAAGCCCAAAGACAAAGCUGCCACUCCAAGAAAAGAUGGUUCCAAACGUUCUGUACUGUCCAAAACACUUCCUGGGUACAAGCCAAAGGUCAUUCCAAAUGCUAUAUGUGGGAUCUGUCUGAAGGGUAAGGAGUCCAACAAGAGAGGAAAGGCUGAGGCUCUCAUACACUGCUCCCAGUGUGAGAACAGUGGCCAUCCUUCCUGCCUGGACAUGACCAUGGAGCUUGUUUCUAUGAUUAAGACCUACCCAUGGCAAUGUAUGGAAUGUAAAACAUGCAUUGUGUGUGGACAGCCCCACCACGAGGAAGAGAUGAUGUUCUGUGAUGUGUGUGACAGAGGUUAUCAUACUUUUUGUGUGGGCCUUGGUGCUAUUCCAUCAGGUAAAGACUUGAGUGUGGCAUGAUGAGCCUGUCGAUCCUGUUCAGAUAGGACCAGAGUUUCCCAGGCCCUGCCCACUUGCUUUUUCAUCCCUACAUAUCCAGCUGUGACGUCCUAUUGACUAAGAGUGAGCUGGUAUUUCCCAUGGAAGUAUCUGAAAACAGUCCAUUUCAAAACCUUGAUUUUAUUUUCAUAAGUCAUUACUUGGAAAAUUAAUGACUACUUUACUUCCAUAACAUACUAAGCCAGGUUUCUAUAAAUUGAGGCAGCAUAAUUCCAGACAGCUUUUGCAUGAACACAGAACUGAAAUCACAAUAACUGGACUGAAACAUUACACACCUAGCUGUAAUUUUAGAACUUCCUUGCAUAGUUAGCCCUAAACAGUACUUCAUGCGCCAAUAGCUAAGUUUCUUGGGAAUCGGUGAGCAGUUGUAGUGACUCAGCUCAGGUGUACAGUGCAGUUCACUCCUGGACAGCCAAGUGCCGUGCAGGUGUGGUACAGCAGGGCAGUGUGGCAGAAGGAGAACAAAGCUUCCAAAAAGUCAAAUUCAGAGGCAGGUUUUAGUUUAGGCUUUAUAUUAACUGGAUUUUUAACGUUUGGUAGUGUUUGGAUUUGGGCAAGGAUUCUCUAGUCAUUUUUUAAGGGUUCAUGUGCAUAGCAUUAUUUUACCCUCUGCAUGACACCGAUUACAAGAUUGUUUCAGUGGAAGUUUAGAAGUAUUAGUGUCCUUACACUGCAAAGGUAUAGGAGACGGUCAUGAGUGACAGAUAAGGAGGGCUUAAAUCAGUCCUGUAAAAACAACAUUUCAUUGAAUAUUAACUAAUUUUUCUCCUAGGUCGCUGGAUUUGUGACUGUUGUCAGCGAGCCCCCCCAACACCCAGGAAAGUGGGCAGAAGGGGGAAAAGCAGCAAAGAGGGAUAAAAUAGUCUGUCACACCGCAUAUGCAUUUAUGUGGAAUAUUUGGUGCCAGUUUACAUUUUCGUUUUUACGCUAAUAAAGAGAUUUUUUGAAAAUAACUGUGAACUUAAAAUCUGCAAGCUGAUUUAUUUCAUUAUAAAUUGUUCUUACUCUUGAAAGUAAUUUCAGGUAGAAAAAUAAUCUAUCUUCCAAGGGAUUUUUUUUUAUCUCAGUGUUCCCUGCAGAAACCCAGGCGACAAAUGUAACGACCCGACUGAAAAUACUGAGCUGUGCCUCCACUGGCUCGAGAACUGCCUAGUUUCGUGAAGCUUUCCUAAUUUUGCUUCUGGCCCACCACAGGUAGAAUAACAAAGGAAUUUAAUAACAAGAACUUUCAAUAGUCCAGGAUGCAAAAAGAAAAA